AUGAAACCCAUUUUAAGCAUCUCAAAAGGAGGGUGGUGGUGGUGGUUUAACUUCUCCCUGGACAAGUACGUCAACAAAGGGGUCCCCUGCUGCCAUGCCUGGCUGUCCUACAGGGAGAGCUUGUCUGUGGAUGGCGUCCAGAUGGAGGAGGAGCAGAUCCAACAGAGAGAGGAGCUGAAGGAAGAAGAUAGUGGUGGUGGGGGAGAAAGCCAAAUCCUAGUGACUGGAGGACGCAGGCCUGUUGGCCUCACUGGUGACCUAGGAUUGAAUGGUGAUCACCAGGGGCUCCUAUCUGCCCUGACACACACCCAGAUGGCUGCCAUGUGCCACGUUUUGUAUAUCUGUGCCUGCUUAGCCCAAAGACAACACAAAUCACCCAUCAGAGAUGUCAGGGACAUCUGUGAAGUUUUCAGUUCAGGGGUAAUGCCUUCAGAAAGAGACUCAGGAAUGGAAUGGAUCCAGUUCAGUUCUGCAGCUUCCAAGUCUCCUCCAGGUAAGUGGCCUUUAUUCUCCUGGCCUUUGGGAACCUCUAAGCUGUACAAACAGAGGCUGGGGCUGAUGGAGCAGGCUGGGAAGGAAGAGGCUUGCAACAUGGACUCUGCCUACCUGGAACAAGCUGCAGCGCUCCCAUGGAGACUCAGUUGUCCCGAGAGGCAUCUGUGCCUGAGCCUGGGUUCCCUGCCAGGAUGCUACCCAGAUGUUCUUAGACUUCCUGUGAGCAACCUGAUGUGGUCAAGCUACAGAAACUUCCACCUCCCUGAAGCCUCUCCCAUGCCCUUCCACGAACCCUGGGUCUGCUCUGUGACAUAUCUAACAUGUUCAUUAGCCAGAUGCUCUGCUAGAGCGAUGUGGAGAGUCUGGGUCCAGCCAUUCUCUGGACAGCUCAGUCCUUGGGGGCAGGGGGAGUUUGAUUCUAGUCACUCCGCAGAACUUACGGGUAGGAGCCCCACUGUCACGGCAGGCAGAGCUGCACCUUCUGCUCUUCCUGAAGACACCUGCCUUUUUGGGGUGUCCCUUGCCAGCCUACUAGAAGCUGGCCACGGAUUCCUCCCUGGCACCCAAGUCCCACUGGUCCUGGAAGCGCUGCUGUCCUGUUUGGAAAAGAGAGACGUGGAAGAUAUUCUCAGGAUGCCUGGGUCCCAGGCCAGGGUCACCGGCCUGGAGCAAAAGCUGGAGCAAGACUUCUGUGCCGGCCUUUUUAGCUGGGAUGAGGUCCAUUACAAUGAUGCACCCAAUUUGCUCAAAAAGGUCCUCCAGAAGCUGCCGGUGCCCCUCACUGCUGAGCACCUCCCAGCCUGUGCUGUGGAGCGUGCAACACUCCCACCUCGGACACUGCACGGUGCUGGUGUGCCCGGGAAAGCCGGUCUGGGAGUGCGCUCUGUGUCUGGUGGAUGCAGAAGCUUGGGGCUGCGACUCAGCUCUCUGCACCCACCCUCCUGGCCGUGCCUGGGUCAGAUUCACGCUGUCCGGCAGGUGGUGGCCCAGGAAGAGCACAACCAGGUGACUCUGUGGAAUAUUUCCGCAGUGGCGGUCCCCAAUCUCUUCCUGCCUCAAGGGCCCCCCUGCCAGGCUCCCCAAGGAGAGAAGCAGCUGGCAGAAGGGGCAGCUGAAGUGGUGUGGAUGAUGUGUGCUAUCAGGAUCUGCUCUGGCAGGCGCUUCCAGGCCUGCAGUGAGCGGAGGGGAGGGUCAGAGUGUUCAUCUGCUGGCUCCCUCUUCUGGGUGAGAUGCCCGCUGCCGCUGCCAUCCAGGGUCAUGGGUACCAUCUGGUUGAAGCCCUCGCUGUCUCCCCAAGACCCUUGCUGGGAUGCAUGUGUAGGACAGGGUUUCCUUCCUCCCUUCCUCUCAGGUCUAGGACGUGGCUGCACUUUCUGUUCCCACAGCCACACCUCUCAGCCUGCCUGCAGCCAUGUGUUCUCUCCAGGGUCCCAUAAAGAAUCCUUUCACAUCACAGCUCUAAUGAUGCAGAGGGCUCAGGAACAUAGGCUCUGCCUAGGACGGAACUCAGGUAUAAAAAAAUGGGAGAAGUCGCCCUGGCCCUUGCCUUAUACGUCAUCUUGUUCUGCUGAGGUUCAGCGGCGCUGUCAGAUCCCAGGGAAUGGCGGGCUGUGCUCAGGGCCGAGCGCCUGGGAUCUGGUUGUGCGCAGGUCUCUGAGGAGUUCCCCGAUGCCCACGGCCUUGGAGUGGCCCGGGGGAUGCCCCUUAUUUCCAAGCCCAGCCUGGAAGCGUUCUCCGACAAGGAGAGGCCCCCGCAGCCCACCGCCCCGGCUAAGACGUGAAUCUCUCUGGCCCGGGUGCUUCUUGCUUCUUGCCCAGGUGCGAAAACUGAAUGACAGAAGCGGCCAGCGCCCCCAGUGAGACGGGGGCCUCAAGACUUCGCUGCGUAGGAUACACGCAGACAGGGACAGGACGGACGGCCCCGAGGCGACUCUCAAACUGGCAAUGAUCCACCUGGCCUGGCCUGUGAUGGAUUCCCUGCUGGUGCCUCUGAGCCCUAACACUAAAGUGGCCCCACUGCUGAGGCAGUUCAUAGAGUGCAUUGGCCCUGGUUCAGAAGGUGCAGACUCUGUGACAGCUCUCAUCCAGAAUAAGGCCACCGCCCAGAGGCCAAGAUUCAGCCUGCUGUUUCGAAGUCACGAAGAGGAUGAUGAGGAUGACAUGCCGGACUCUGCGGUCACUCAGCAGUUAUGUUCAGUGACUGCUGUGCACCCAGCGCCAGGCCAGGCUAGGGCCCACGUGACAAAAAAGUCAGGGAAGGACCCAGUCCUCAGGCAGCUCACGGGCUAG